AUGAGGCUGACUAGUGGACCGCUCCGGCGGCUGGGCUGCGUGCUGGCGCUUAGCUUCCGGGCCCUGGUGCUCCGGGAGAUCUCCGGGGCCUGGGCCCUGGACAACGGCUUGGCCAUGACCCCCACCAUGGGCUGGCUGCACUGGGAGCGCUUCAUGUGCAACACGGACUGCGAGGAAGACCCGGAUUCCUGUGUCAGUGAGAAGCUCUUCAUGCAGAUGGCAGAUAUCAUGGCCUCAGAAGGCUGGAAGGAAGUGGGAUAUGAGUACAUCUGUAUUGAUGACUGUUGGAUGGCUCCCCAAAGAGACUCAAAACACAGACUUCAGGCAGACCCUAAACGCUUUCCAAGUGGAAUCCGCCAUCUAUCUAAUUAUGUCCAUAGCAAAGGACUGAAGCUAGGAAUUUAUGCAGAUGUUGGGGAAAAAACCUGUGCAGGAUACCCUGGGAGUUUGGGACACUAUAACAUUGAUGCUGAGACCUUUGCCGACUGGGGCGUAGAUCUGCUAAAAUUUGAUGGUUGUUACUGUGACUCUGUGGAAGAGUUGGCAAAUGGUUAUAAGCACAUGUCCUUGGCCCUGAACAAGACCGGCAGAAGCAUUGUGUACUCCUGUGAGUGGCCCCUUUAUAUGUGGCCCUUUCACAAGCCCAAUUAUACAGAAAUCCGACGAUACUGUAAUCACUGGAGAAAUUUUGGAGACAUUUAUGAUUCUUGGCAAAGUAUAAAGACUAUUUUGGCCUGGACCUCAGCUAACCAGCAGACACUUGUUAGAGCUGCAGGACCUGGGGGUUGGAAUGACCCAGAUAUGUUAGUGAUUGGCAACUUUGGCCUCAGCUGGGAUCAGCAGGUAACGCAGAUGGCCCUCUGGGCGAUUAUGGCAGCUCCAUUACUCAUGUCCAAUGACCUCCGACAGAUCAGCUCUCAAGCCAAAACCCUCCUACAGGAUAAGGAUGUAAUUGCCAUCAACCAGGACCCCUUGGGCAAGCAGGGGUACCUUCUGAGAAAGGAAGACAGCAUUGAGAUAUGGGAACGCCCUCUCUCGAAUUUAGCCUGGGCUGUGGCUGUGGUAAACCUGCAGGAGAUUGGUGGACCUCGUUCUUACACCAUCAGUCUUGCUUCUCUGGGUCAAGGAAUGGCCUGUAAUCCUGCUUGUCAUAUCACAGAGCUCCUCCCUGUGAAGACAAAGCUUGGGUUUUAUGAAUGGACUUCAUAUGUCAAAACUCGAAUAAAUCCCACAGGCACCGUUUUGCUUCAGCUACAAAUAAGCCAGACUACAUUUUAA